AUGAAAUUCAAUUUUAAAUCAUUCGAAGUCAAUUCCUCGAGUACCAACACAAUGAAAUCAUAUUUAGUGUUUGUUGCCUUUUUGGCCUGGGCUUCAGCCCUUCCACUGGAUAUCUUCCAGGAUGAUUAUGGACAACAGUUUUACUUGGUGCCAAUGCAAAGACAAAAAAGAGACACAACCUGGGACGUGGCAAAAGGUCCGGGAGGUACCAACGUGCAAUUAGGACAAGAAGGAACGAUUUGGGCAAAAGGUAAUCACGAGAUCAUUGGUGGUGGACACGCCAGUAAAAAUUUCAACCCCAACGGACCAUUGGUAGGAGGAGGAUCCAUCGGGUACCAUCACAUACCAUCCGAUACGAAUAUUAAAGCUUCAGCCACCCAUGUUCCCAGCUGGGGCACGCAAGCCGACAUUAAGGCUUCCCGUACCCUUUGGGCUCCCGAUAGAAAUACCAAAUUGGAGGCGUUUGGAGGAGCCAGUCAAAGUUUCACCAAGUGGGGAAAUACGAGACCUGAUGCCAAUGUUGGAUUGCAAUUCACCCACAACUUUGGAGGUUAAAAUAUGUAAUAUUAAGUUAUUGUUUUGUUUAAAUUAAUUUUAAUAAAAACCUACCUCUAAGUUACGUACAUUGUAGUUUGCUAUAUUAUCAGCCGUAAAUCUGUUUGCGUGUAUACAAAGUGUGUUAAGAAAAUAACGGGAAUUAUAAAAUUUCGCGGGUUCAGAGGGUUCGAUUGUCAUAAAAUUUUCUUUAUUAUGUUGGUAUAAAUGCCCCCGAAGUAUGAUAAAAACUUUAGCUGUUUUCAUUGUUUACUUUGUCCGUGGCAGCCGCUAAGGUUAGACGUGUUUUAUGAGCUCGGCGAUUUUUCGUUCGUUAAAAGAAAUGGAUCAAAGAAUUUGUAUCCAAUUUUGCUUAA